CAACUUCCACUGGCAAUCUCCUCAUUACCUUCUGUCGACGAUUUGAGAGCGAUGUCGACGCUAUCUGAACACGUCGAUCGUCUCGCCCACCUUGCAAAUGCCAUACGAGCCAACGCAACCGCCGCGGGAAGACAAGAAGGCGGUCGUGUCGCGUCGGGCUCAUCAGCAGGCCCUUUCACACGUGCAGUCUUGCAGACCCAUCUUGGCGACCUUAUUCGCGACAUUGACCCUUCCGAGCUCGGACUCUUCACCCUGGUGCAACCUUCGCAACCUGGUGCGACUUACGUCGCGCAGGAAGACGCGCCUCCAGGUCCCAAAGCUGAGAUAACGCGCGUGGCUUUGCCAAUCGCGACCCCACUGCGAAGACCACCAGCGAACUACAAGAGAGAGGAAGGGCAGAAGCCCGGAGAGCAUGAACCAGAGGUGUAUGCGCAUGCAGCGCUGAAGUUUCUCGACAGAUACCAGUCCAUUCGACCCAUGCCACGAUACCAAGAGCAAGCAGAACAUAUACUUGAGCAGCUACAAAUGUUCCGAGAGAAAAUUCGCAGUUUGAACGAAAAGAUCAAGCAAAGCAGCGUGUCAGAACCUAAUCAGCCUCAAGUGUCACCUAAGAGUCUCGGGAAGCAAGAAGAACGACGGAUAGCGCAGGCGCAAGCGCGAAUAGUCGAGCUGAAGAAACAGAAAGAAGUCUUGCUUCGAAAGUCCAAACUCGGCCCUUCAAAGGGACCCAAGAGCUCCUCAAGAGUACCUGUUGAGCCACGGGCACCACUACCUGAUGAACAAGAGCAAGACUUUUGGAACACACCCGGCGCAGCCGCGCGUACGUUGCACUUCACAGGCGAACUGCUCACCGACGAGCACAUCGACGUCGGCGACAUGCCCGAGUCGCUCGGGAGCCCGACGCGUGCGUCCGCACCACGCUCGCGUGGAACUAGCUCGCGAGCGCUACAGUUUACUUCGCGCUCGCACUCGGCAUCCAUCGAGCCUGAGCAGCCGCCAGAGCAGGAUGUGGAAGAACCUGAUGAACCGCCAGAACUAUCGCAGCUAGAACCAGAGGCCGACGAGGAUGUGACUGUGAUGUUGCAGAGGCCGCCGUCUGUGGAGUCGAGUCGCAGGAUGGUGCGCUCGCCACCGCAGCCUGAGCCACUGCGACGUGUGCAGGCUGCGGCCGACGUGAUACCAAAGCGAGAGAAGACGAAAGUAUCUGCCGAGUUGGAGGUGAUUGUUGCGAAGAUCUGGGCAACGGUUGGCGAGACAAUUAUGCCAGGGCGGCAGUACGAUCUCACGCGGCCUCCAAAAGCGCAGGAGACGAUUGCCCACCUCCAAUCACUCGCGACACAAACGCCCUCGCUUGACUCACCCUCCACAUCGAGUCUAUCUUCGCUCGCAACCGGUACACAACCAGCUGCGCUGACAAGCCAGCAUAUUCUUACGGCGUGCAUGCUCCUCGCGCUGCUUAACAGCCCGCCAAACUACGCGAUGUCGCUCGGUGCGCUCAAGGACACGCUUGCCAAAGCAGAGGGCGCCGCCGCGGGCGUCACGCGACCGAUAUAUGGGUGUGUGGCGAAGAGGCUGUUGAAGAUCGAGAGAGGCGGAGGCGAGCAGGUCGUCAAAUUUGAUGUAUGAGAUGAGGUAUUCUCUCUCGCACCGGCGAGAUGGCAGAUUGUGACCAUGCACAUGCAGACACAACCACCGUGAAGAGGUCCGCCUCGACUCACGCACCACUCGAUGAUAUUCAAGUAGUUGUAGGAAACAGAGGUGAUGAUGUAGUUCACCCAUACCAGCAUCGUCGCGUCCUCAUUGCCAAAAUCUACAUCCUCGAAGAGCGAGGAGGUCGCUAGAAGGUGACUGCCUGCAGUGUGCGUUCAGCACCGCUGAACCGGCCCAGGCAGCUUAGGAACCAGAUCGUUCGAAUUUGUCUCACCAGGGAAGCUCAACUACGCCGCGCAGGGGCAGUACUACAUCGACCGCAACCGAGACGCCAAAACAAAAGAACAUAUGGCCGCUGAACAACAAGGAUCCGGUGGGUGCGGCG